GAAGCUCACCACGCAGGGUCCUUCGGAUUAUUCGAGGCGAGGAUACGAGGCGCGGAUGGUCGCAGUCAGUGGUUUACGUGGAGUAUAGUGUGACAUUCUUUCUAAUUGUGUUUUCGGAUUUUCGGACAACAAGUCAACGCAUUUUCGGCAAAAAUGAUUUUUUAUUAUGUGGUAUUGCUGUUUCUUAGUUGGCCACAAGCGAGAUGCACGGAGGACACCGACAUGAAUGGAGAAGAGAUUUUCGAUCAGCUCGCAACUGCAUCAGAGAACAUGGUGCAUGCCGUGAGAUAUUCGAAUGCGUCUUCGAAGAGUCUCGAAGAACAACUCCCGAGUGUUCCAUCCUCAAUAGGUGCGACGGUACACUAUGAAAAUUCCAAUGGUUUUGUACCCAUAAUACCCACGAACACUCCGUCGUACGACGAAUCAGACUCUUCGUCACUCCAGACUGAUAAUCUCGAAGAGCAGGAUGACCAGUCCGAAGACAGCAACGCGACAAACGCUGUAAGUGCUCGAGAUAGCUCGACCACGAAGCCAAAAAAGCUCGAAGAAGACUUAGUGUACUCCUCGGAAGCGAGGAUCUUUCUGAAUUUUCCUGGAUCGCUGACGAAUCGCAGAUCUUUCGAUUUGCAGGAAAAGCCGAAUGAGUUUGAGCUGCUAAAGGUCAACAACGACACUCCCGCGGUGGCCAAUUACCAGGACUUUUAUGAGAACCUGCGCAGCACGGUGAACACCGAAAUCGACAGCCAGCCGGACGAGACUUCUUCGGGGCUUGCAAACGGAGAAAGGGGGAAAAGAAUCGAAAGCUACGUGCACAAUUAUAGGCAGCCACAGAAAACUAAAAAUAAAGAUCCGUAUAAUCAGUACCACUCAUACAGUGACACGCAAGACAUGAAGAAACUUACUUACGAAGCGGAGAAAGUCUCCGGCAAUUAUCACCAGCAGAAUGCCGCGAACUACAACGGUCACGGGCAGAGCGCUGUCAGACAUAAUGUAGCGGCGUUCCCGUCCUCAUCAAGGACGAAUUACGAGGUCAACGAACUCACGCACAGCAAUCCCUCAGGCGGAACUUAUGACAAUGUAGCGGAAUCAUCGAAGCCACGCCAAAAAUUCUCCAAGCCGGUUGUGGUCGCCGAGCCGAGCACCUACAAGAUGGAGUUUAACAACCAGUUGCACAAUAGCGACAACGAUUAUAAAACUUCGAGGAAUUUAGAGUCCUCCAGUUCGUCGGAGACGUCGAAUCACUACGACCCUUACAACGAUAAUAGACAGCGCAGUUAUCAUCGCACAGAAGAUUCGAGGAAUUUAUCGGACGAGAGCUCGGAUUAUUCCGAGUACAUCGAGCGGCCAAGAAGAGUGCAAAAGAAUCGAAGACGCCCUCCGUACUCUGACUCUUCCAGGAAGCUUCCGAAGGAACAUCGAGGCACGCUGGCUAACAACGCCGAGGAGCAAAACAAUCAUAAUUACAACUCCUCCAGACUGAAAUCGCAGCGACACAGAGUGAAAGCGAAUCCAUGGACCAAUGACGCCAGCAUAAAUCUUCAGGAGGAGAGCGUCGAAGACGUCAGGCACGAUAUCAGAGUCAGUGACACAGAAAUUAAGAACACCAAGGUGCAACAUGGUUCCAGGCCGAAGAACAUCAACACGUGGAGUCAGAUAUCGCCGAGUCUCGAGAUUUCUCAUUCCAACGGAAUCGAGCUCGAUCAAAUGGAGAAGCCGAAAUAUGUCUUUCCUCUUAAAGUUAACUUCGUGCCUGUGACGAAUUUUGACCAUGCAACCGCGCUGGGUAACAGCCAAGGCUUCGAUAUCUCCAACGCGCUCCUACAGAAUAUGGUGACCGCUUCGCCAAUCGGCACGUACACCACGAGCACUCCUCUUUUGAGCACACCGCCGUCAAUCCUCGGUCAAAAUCUGGCGAUAUCGAAGAAUUUGGUGAACACAGCGAACCUAGGUGUGUCCACGUCUGUACCCGACAUCAUUGUCGGACAGAGCUCCUUCCAAAAUCCCAUGCACACUGUCGUGCUUUCUCAGUCGAGUGGACAGAACAAGGUCGCGGACACGGUGAGAACGUCCUAUCUGCCGAGCACUAUAGCACCAGUUUUUACCCUCACGUCUAGCCUGACCCCGACACUGCAGAGUAUACCACUUCAAAACGUCCAGAGUAAUGUGACACCGCGAACUGCUUUCGCUGUAACACCGACUCCCACCACAGUUGUCCAGCAUGUACCGAUUAAUCAAGUGCAUACCGGUGUACAGCAACUGUUAGUACCGCAACCGACCGUCCAGACGUUCCCGAGUUUCAUACAGACGCCGGUUCAAGCCAACACGGGGUACCAGAUCCAAGUAAACCCUCACGGAUUGCAAGGUCAGAAUUUGAUGAACCACGGCAACUUGCAGAUGCAAACUCUGCCGACACCCACGUUGCUAUCUAGCCAGGCGAUACCGGAAACCAGAAUCAACAUGUUGCCCGUGGAGUCACAGAGCAAGAAAAACACGUACACUGCUUCCGGCGGGAACCUUCUGGCUACCGCGAGCCUGGCUGUCGGCCAAAACGAACAAAAGGCGACCAACAUCAACUCGUAUUAUUUGCAUAAUACUCAGCAAGUUACCAAACCUCAAGAGGAAGGCUACCAAGUGGUGAAACACAUCGAUAUGACGCCGAAAACGAAGACGUACUUUCAAGCGAAUCAGGUAGUGCCGACUAUACUGCAGCCCAAUCCAACUCUAAGCGGCAUAGCUACGAACAUUCAACAAUACGUCAAGUUGCAAGGCAACGGCGCUGAAGAUGCUGUACAACAGUUGCAGAUGCAGUUAAACAGAGCGCAACUGUUGAAGAACAACAGACCGAGCGUUACUUUACAAACCGCCGACAACGUGGUCGGCCACUCGAACAGCGUGAACGCGCAUCUGCCGAACGUGGGCACUAAGAAUGUUGAGAUUGUGAAUCCUAACAUCAAGCCGAGCCCGAUUGACACGACCGUGAACACGUUUGAUACAUUGCAUUAUCCGGCGACUGUCUUGACAACGCCUAUUCCGAUCUUCAGUACGAUUGGCCCGAUCACUCCGCAAACCAUCAAUCUUCAGAAUUACGUGGACUCCUUGACGGAAACCGGCACCAAAGCUAAGCAUUUUGGCACGGUGGACCUUAAAACGGCGCAGAAUCAGGAACGACCGAUGUAUAAUCCCAUCAACUUCGUUCCCAAUGUCGAUAUCAUAAAAAAUCAGCACGCUCUCAACAAUAAAUCGCCACCCAAUGAACCUGUCCGACAGGGUCUGAAUCUGGUACCUGUCAUGCCUGGAGGGAACUUCUUCAAGCCGUCGUUUACGGCGCAAAACGAGCUAAUUUUGAAACCGAAGCUAGCCUCGGACCUGCAGAAUUAUGCUGAGGAGAUGUUUAAGGAGUCGUUGAAGACGAUGUACAACUCACAAAAAUGGAACAACGACAAAAGGCUGCCUGGAGUUAAUCAAAAUAACUCUGAGGCGAGUGACUUGGCGAAACUGAGGCUCGAAGUGCAAAAGCUGACGGCUUCUCUGUCGGAGUCGAAGUACAAAGACCAGCUCGAAGCGCAUCAGAGCGAAAAUAAAGUUCGCACGACUGACGUGCCUAAGUCCUCGAGCAGUAAGAAGAAACCGGAAGCGUUGCUGGCGACCUUGGAGCAUCUGCUACAGACUCGACCUACCGGGCCGAUACAUAUCUAUCAUGGCACCAGUAGGCCGAGUCGCAUACCGAAACCCUCGGGAGAUUCGAGUUUCGAUUUCCGCGACGAGUUCUACGACGAUAGUCACCUGAGAGAAUUCCUCACGCCACCAAGACCGAGUCAUCUCCGCACGAAAGGCGUCUUCCACGAGAAACCCAUAAAGAACAAACGACCAGGAGCAGCGAGGUUCAAGAACGGGAAGGUGACCUUGAGGAAACCUGGAAGGGGACACUCGUCGUCCAGACCAAACGGGUUGGAAACGUCUGCCAGUAAUAUAAACGUGCAUCUGGAUGGAACACAUUAUCAUAUACCAGCUUUUGAUAUUGACAACAUGGACUUCGAGAGCAAGCAUCAGUCGUCCUACAAUACCUACCCGACAUUCACCACGUCGUCGCCGGAUAUCUUCAACAAUAUACUAAGAGAGCUCAGAACAAACAACAAGAAUUACGACAUCAAUCAUCCCAGAAUGCACAAUCUGCUCGGAUUAUUGAUGAAGAACAAGCAACUGCCAAAUAGGAGCACGCAGAACUAUCGCGACAAGGAUCAGCUGAGGCAGUUCUUUGACACUGACAGGCGCCAACUGCAGCAGCAGUUUUACGACGACGCUCUGAAGGAUUAUAUCUGGAAUAAGUUCGAAGGUGCGUCGCAAUCCGACAUAAUCGCCAAUAGGAAAGUCUAUUCGGGGAACGGCGCUGCGUAAAUUCGAAAUCUAAAGUACAAGCAAAACGUCGAUCACGCGAUGUGCUCGUUGGGUCUGCGAGUGACCCGUAAAUCCGCACGCGGAGGGACUAGAAUUAGGUGGUAAACGCGUUUACCUUCGUCCGGUAACGGGCGAUUUCUUCUCGCCCGCUUUUCGCAUCAAUGAAAGCUGCAUCGCGCCAGCAUCGUUCGCGCCGCUCUCGCACUGAGAAAUGUUAAAUAUUGAAUUAUUAGUAAGUAACAUUUUAUACGGAAGUUGUAAAAGUAAUCGUUAGUGUCGAGUGCGCUUGUAUGGAACGCUCGACUGAGGGAGAAGGAACGACUCAUUAAUCAUUUAUAAGACGCUAGCAUUGUACAUAUUAACUUAAAUGAAAAUAUAUCGUCUUGUUAUUUGUACGGCGUUUGUUGCGCCCGUUUGUUUUCUCUUUCCGUCGAUGUUCUCUCUCACCUAUAUGUCCAAAGACGCAAUAAACAGAAUUUAUAACAAGAAAGUCUUUCUCUGCGAAAAAACGGUGGAGAUAAUUUGAAGGAAGAGACACGUGGGAUAUUAGUGAGAUUUUAUUCCAAUUACAAAACACAUUUGCAUAAAUCUAUAUGCACUUUUGUUUUACCUAAAUAUAUAGUAAAUAUCUUUUAUGUAAUGCGCGCAGAAUGGAUUACAUUAUACUAAAUAUCUUUUAUAUCUAAAGAUCCUAUAUAAAAGCAGAUUUAAGUACGAAAAAGAAAAUAAAAAAUUUAUAUAUUUUCGAUAA